CCGGGAAGAAGCGCACACCAGGCGCUGGCGCAAUGUCAGGCCAAUACCAGGAAGUAUUCAUGGGUAAUAGAUGUCGACAUCAAAGGAUUCUUUGAUAACAUCAGCCAUGCUAUACUACUGGAAGUGCUGCAGAAGCAUACAAAUGAGAAAUGGGUCUUGCUGUAUGCGGAGCGGUGGUUAAAGGCAGGAGUAGAACAAGAGAACAGGAGUAUAGUAUCAAGAACAAAUGGCACGCCACAGGGAGGAGUAAUCAGUCCUCUAUUUGCCAAUCUUUAUCUGCAUUAUGCCUUUGAUAAGUGGAUGGAUGAAAAUAGUCCACAAUGCCCUUUUGAGCGGUAUGCCGAUGAUAUAGUCCUUCAUUGCAGCAGCAAAGAAGAAGCAGAACAGUUAUUGGAAAAGCUGAAAGCAAGGAUGGGGGAGUAUGAACUCGAACUGCAUCCUGAGAAGACAAAGAUUGUGUAUUGCAAGAACUAUGAGCCCACGGACGAUCAAAAGCCAACGGAAUAUUGGAACGAGGUUCGUGGUGUUCAUGGGAGGUAUAAGCAGUCAGGCAAAAACGCAGAUCAGAAAAGAUGGCAUUUGGAAUUUGCUAACGACAUUAAUGACAGAGGACAAAUUGUAGCUACCCGCGAACGAGCCCGGAACAAUGACACGAUAGACAAGCAAAUUGUCGAAGUCCCGGUCGAUAACCUCGGCGACUUUGGCGAC